CUAUUCAUACUUUUGGAAGCUUGCGCGGUCUGAAUCCUCUCUCUCUCCUUUCCCAUUUCUUUUCUCCCUUGUAACACAGCACACGCCAGACAGAGAGAGAGCAAUGGCCUCUCUCUUUUCUUCGUUCAAUGCAUUUCUUCGCCAGAAAACACGCUCACCCAUUUGCUCUCACUGUCUCUUUCUCUCAAGAAUUCUCUCUCGCUGAAGAAACUGACGCGACCGAACCGGCUGCUUGAUCGUGCGCUCGUGCACUCCGUAUCACAAAGACACGCUUCUUGAGCGAGCGACUCUCUCUGCUUCCCGCGCCGCCAGUCGCUCUCCGGCGGGGGCGCCGAAGAUGCGAAGGAGAUUCGUCUCGAGGGGAGUUGCAGGAUCGGAAGGAAAGGUCGCGGGUUUUGAGGAUUUCGCGUCCAUCACUAUCUGAGAGCUCUGGAGGAUUCGGUUUUUGGUGGGGCGGAAAUGGCGUCGGAGAAGGUCGGGUCGAGGGGGCAGGCCUGGUUCUGUACCACGGGACUGCCUAGCGACGUCAUAGUAGAGGUGGAAGACAUGGCCUUUCAUCUCCAUAAGUUUCCAUUGAUGUCGAAGAGCGGGAGGCUGCACAGGAUGAUAACGGAUCUAGAGGUCUCGAUGCACCGGUGGGGAGAGAGAGACGAGGAGGCAGAGGAUGACGACGAGGAGGAGACGGAGUCAUAUUUGCUGAGCCUCCCGGGCUUUCCUGGUGGCACCGAGGCGUUUGAGAUCGCCGCAAAGUUCUGCUACGGCGUGAAGGUGGAGCUCACGGCGUCGAACGUUGCCCCUCUCCGCUGCGCGGCGGAGUACCUGGAGAUGACAGAGGAGCACGGCGCCGGUAACCUCGCUGCGAAGACGGAGGCGUUCCUGAACCAGACGGUGCUUCGAAGCCUCAAGGACGCCAUCAGGACACUGAGCACGUGCGAGCGGCUCCUGCCGGAGGCAGAGGAUCUCGGUAUCAGCAGGCGGUGCAUUGACGCCAUUGCCAUCAAGGCCGGCACCGAUCCUUCCCUCUUUGGAUGGCCGGUCGCUGAGGGGGCUUCCGGCGAGCUGGCGAGCCCCAGCGGCAGCGUAACGUUGAGCGGGUUCGAGACUGGUCGCCGGCGCCGGGGUCCGGUGAGGUCUGCCUGGUGGUACGACGAGCUCACCGUUCUGGGUCUGCCUUUCUUCAAAAGAGUCAUUGCCGCCAUGAUAGCUCGCGAAGUAUGCCCCGAGAGCAUCGAAGGAUCGCUGGUGAGCUACGCCAAGAAAUUCAUCCCUGGCCUCUCGCGGCGAAACAGGGGAGCAUCCUCCUCUCUCUCCGCUGCCGUCGCCUCGGAGGACGAGCAGAGGGAGCUCUUGGAGACGGUGGUCAGCCAUAUGACGGUCAGGAAGAGCAGCAACCCGUCGACGACGACGAAGCUUCUGUUCGGUUUGCUCCGGACGGCAAAUAUCCUGAGCGCGUCGGAGGACUGCCGAGAGACGCUAGAAAGAAAGAUCGCGGCGCAGCUGGACCAGGCGACCCUGGACGACCUGCUCCUCCCCAGCUACUCCUAUCUGAUCGAGACCCUCUACGACAUCGAUUGUGUGGAGAGGAUUCUCGGGUAUUUUCUCGAAGGGUGCGGUGGCGCUGGUUCCGGUGAUGGAGAGGCCGGGGAGGACGAGGAAGACGAAGAGGACGGCAGGUUCGAGAAUUCGCCGGGGAUGAAUCCGGUGAUGGUGGUCGCCAAGUUGAUGGAUGGAUACCUGGCAGAAAUUGCGUCCGACGGCAACCUGAAGCCGGAGAAGUUCUACGAGCUCGCCGUCGCGCUUCCCGACCACGCCAGGGUCUACGACGACGGCCUCUAUCGUGCCAUCGACGUCUACCUCAAGGCACAUCCGUGGAUCUCAGACGACGAAAGGGAGAAGAUAUGCGGCAUGAUGGACUGCCAGAAGCUCACGCUUGAAGCCUGCACCCAUGCUGCGCAGAAUGAGAGGCUACCUCUCAGGGUUGUGGUGCAAGUUCUCUUCUUUGAGCAGCUUCAGCUCCGCAAUGCCAUCGCGGGAUCCUUUGCUGGCACGGAUGUUUCGAUGCCAUUGAUGCCGGAUUCAGCCCGGCCAUCGCGUCUUCAAGAUCACAUUGGUUUUCUGGGUCAAUCCCCUGCCGGGCAACCAUGGCAGCCCAAUUCAAGGGACAAUCAGGGACUCCGGCUUGACAUGGACAGCAUGAAGGCUCGAGUGCAUGAGCUAGAGCGCGAGUGCUCCACGAUGAGACGGGCUAUCCGGAAGAUUGAUAAGACCAGCAGAGGUGGCAAUGGUGGUGGUAGUGGCAGCGGUAGUGGUGUUGGCGCUGGCUGUGGUGGCGUUGUUGACGGCGAAAUUGGUGGAAAUGGUGGAUGGAGCUCAUUUACUAAGAAGUUUGGUUGCAAGUUCAAGACUCAAGUGUGUGAUUCACAUGAAAGAACUUGGGUAGAAUCCAGAAAAGGGAACCAUCAUCGUAACUCAUCUCUUUUGUGAUGAUGUGCUGCUCAGCCUUCUCUGUGCCCCCCUUGAGCAUCAAACACCCUCUAUUCUGUAUAUGAAAAAAAAUUUCACGUUGGCAUAUUCUUUCUCCAUCAACCAGAUUCUCAGUGCCAGACAAAUGACAACCUAUGUGAUUGUUUCCUUUUCUCUUUCCUCCUUUUCGCAGCAGAGCAUGCAUAACUCUUGUGUGAGCUCCAAUCAUGGUGAUAUGAGGCAGCCUGGGCAUUACGCUUUUUGGCUGUUGGACGUUUGCUGGGGUCCCUUUGCUCCCAAACAUGAGCCUGUGGUGUCCAGAUCUAAAUGUCAUGCUGCAUGCUGAAGCAGUAUCAAUUAUUUUGCUUAUCAUUUUCGAAGGCAUCCACAAUUAUUUACUGUCGAUCUUUCCUAUUCCCCUAAAUAGAAACUUGGUGGCUGCCACUGUAGUGCAUUCAUCUGGGCAUAGGUAGCUCCUAGAUUUUCAGUUGUUUUCUGUUCAUCUUUGUUCUUCAUAAGGCUGUAAUAACUAAUAACCUUUAAGGUUC